GCGGGAGGGUUCUCCUGCGGGGUUUAAAGGUGUCUCUGGAAAAUCAGCAAAACUCAGUGGUGAAUGGGAAGCCAACAGUUUGCGAAGCAGGGAAGCGGGCCGCGCCGGGGUGAGGGAAAUGAGCUAGAAUUGAUAAGGACAGCUCCCGCCUCUGCAGAGCCCACUGAGCUGUCCUCGGCGCGCUCCGCUGCACUUUCCCGGGAGAAGAAAGGGCUUUAUCUCCAACCUCAGACUGUUAGCCUAGGAGUUCUCGGGGCAGCGCGGAUAACCGACGGGGUUCCGGCUUUUAGGGGGCUCAGAAUCGCACACCCGCACGCCUGUCUGGCCCCCUUUCCUACCAGCCACCCCCUUUAAAAAAACAAAACAAAACAAAAAAACCAAAAACAAAAAUCUGGGCCAACUACAGAACGCACAGCUUCCAGCAAGAGUUGAGCCGGGGCCGCCGUCGGUCGCCUCUUCGCUCUCGGGGCGCCCCGACUUCCUCCACUCCCAGCCUUUCCCUUCCUCCGGCCCGGCAUGGACAAGAGCUCACGAGGUGCCUCGGCCUCAGCCGCCACUUUGCCGUCGUUGCUGCCACCUCUGUCGCUGCCGAGAGCCGAGCCGGGGCGGUUUUAGGAAAGUUGGAGGAGGGUUUAAAGCCAGGUGCGCCGAGUCUGCUCGCCAUGUCCAGAUCCGGGGACAGGACCUCCACCUUCGACCCCAGCCACAGCGACAACCUGCUGCACGGCCUCAACCUGCUGUGGCGGAAGCAGCUGUUUUGCGACGUGACCCUGACGGCCCAGGGCCAGCAGUUCCACUGCCACAAGGCCGUGCUGGCCUCCUGCUCGCAGUACUUCCGAUCGCUCUUCUCCAGCCACCCCCCUCUCGGGGGAGGGGUCGGUGGCCAGGACGGCCUUGGGGCCCCCAAGGACCAGCAGCAGCCCACACCGCAGCCUCAGUCGACCCAGCAGCCUCCACCGCCGCCACAGGAGGAGCCCGGGACUCCUUCCUCCUCCCCCGACGACAAGCUGCUGACCAGCCCCCGGGCCAUCAACAACCUGGUGCUGCAGGGCUGCUCGUCCAUCGGGCUGCGCCUGGUGCUCGAGUACCUCUACACGGCCAACGUGACCCUCUCCCUGGACACCGUGGAGGAGGUGCUGUCGGUCAGCAAGAUCCUGCACAUCCCCCAGGUCACCAAGCUCUGUGUGCAGUUCCUCAACGACCAGAUCUCGGUGCAGAAUUACAAGCAGGUGUGUAAGAUAGCUGCGCUGCACGGCCUGGAGGAGACCAAGAAGCUGGCCAACAAGUACCUCGUGGAGGACGUGCUGCUCCUCAACUUCGAGGAGAUGCGCGCCUUGCUGGACUCGCUGCCGCCCCCCGUGGAGUCGGAACUGGCGCUCUUCCAGAUGUCCGUGCUGUGGCUGGAGCACGACCGCGAGACCCGCAUGCAGUACGCGCCGGACCUCAUGAAGCGCCUCCGCUUCGCGCUCAUCCCGGCCCCAGAGCUCGUGGAGCGAGUCCAGUCAGUGGAUUUCAUGCGCACCGACCCUGUCUGCCAGAAGCUGCUGCUGGACGCCAUGAACUACCACCUGAUGCCCUUCAGACAGCACUGCAGGCAGAGCCUGGCCAGCAGAAUUCGCUCUAACAAGAAAAUGCUGUUAUUGGUCGGAGGGCUGCCUCCUGGACCGGACCGGCUCCCCAGCAAUUUGGUUCAGUAUUAUGAUGAUGAAAAGAAGACAUGGAAAAUACUCACAAUUAUGCCAUACAACAGUGCUCACCACUGCGUUGUAGAGGUAGAAAAUUUCUUGUUCGUGCUGGGCGGAGAGGACCAAUGGAAUCCGAAUGGAAAACAUAGUACGAAUUUUGUCAGUCGGUAUGAUCCCCGAUUUAAUAGCUGGAUUCAACUUCCUCCUAUGCAAGAAAGAAGAGCCAGUUUCUACGCAUGUCGGCUGGACAAGCAUUUAUAUGUUAUUGGUGGGAGGAAUGAAACCGGCUACUUGUCCAGCGUGGAGUGCUAUAACCUGGACACAAACGAAUGGCGCUAUGUGUCCUCUUUGCCACAGCCUCUGGCAGCUCAUGCAGGAGCAGUGCACAAUGGGAAGAUAUACAUUUCAGGGGGUGUACACAAUGGAGAAUAUGUCCCAUGGCUAUAUUGCUAUGACCCUGUAAUGGAUGUCUGGGCUCGAAAACAAGAUAUGAACACAAAACGCGCAAUCCACACUUUGGCUGUAAUGAAUGAGCGCUUGUAUGCAAUUGGAGGAAAUCAUUUGAAAGGUUUCUCCCACCUGGACGUAAUGCUUGUGGAAUGCUAUGACCCAAAAGGUGACCAGUGGAAUAUUCUGCAAACUCCCAUUCUGGAGGGUCGAAGUGGUCCUGGCUGUGCAGUGCUUGAUGACAGCAUUUACCUUGUGGGAGGCUACAGUUGGAGUAUGGGGGCCUAUAAAUCGUCUACAAUAUGCUACUGUCCAGAAAAAGGAAGCUGGACAGAACUUGAAGGAGAUGUCGCAGAACCCCUGGCAGGCCCAGCCUGUGCCACAGUCAUCCUUCCUGCCUGUGUGCCCUACAACAAAUGAUACCAGGAAAGCCUCGAAUGGACAGCAUCACGUCCUGGGAAGCAGUGACAGGUGAUGUCACUCUCUCAUAGGAACUGUGCAUUCUAAUAGUACAACUGCUGAAACCCACCUUUGGUUUCUGAUGAUUUGCAAGUAACUACAGAGAAAGAGACUUGUUCUGGAGCAGACAUUGUGUCUGUAACUCAGAUCACAUCCAACUUCCUAUGGUGACAAACUCUUCCAUUCAGACUGGUUUUAACUUGUCCCAGAUAUACAAAAACUUCUCACGAGGAUCUUAACUAGCAAAAGGAGAAAGAGAAAGUACAGAAUACUGGCCCCAGAGAGACUUAAGAUCAGUAUUGUGCAUUGUAGUCUACCUGCAUGUGGUCGAUGUUGAAGUUUUGGAGAUAUUGUGUACAUGGACGAUUCCAAAUCUGACCCACUGCAAUACUUAUACUGCAUUACAGAUAUUGCCACUUGAUUCUGUAUUCCUAACCUUUGGCUACUUCAUAAACUCCAUAGGCAAUACAGUUACAGAAAAUCAUAUAGGAUUAAAGAGAGGCACUUUUGUUUGCCUACAACUCUAUUUCAUGUACCUUCUGCUUUUACAGCACCUCAGGAGAGCAAAGAAGAGCAAGUUGUUGGCUCUUAUAGCAAUUGCUUUGUGCCCUCUAGAGCUAGGCUAGCCAGAGUACUAAUUUCUGUGUCCUCAGUGCUACCCCAAAAUGAAAACAAAAGCAUACUCUAUCACUAUUCAGUUCACAGAGGCUUAUGGUUUCCUAUUUUUUUGCAGUAUUUACAUAAUGAACACACAGGCUGUUUGCUUCAAAAGACAGAACUGACGAAUUCAGUCACAUGAUAUUCCAGAAAUUCUGUUAGAAAAAAACAUCUGAACCAAACCUGAUCC